AUGUCAGAUACUUCGAAUCUAGUGUUGGUCAUUGGAGGUACAGGUGCUCAGGGAGUCCCGGUCGUCAAAGCAUUGGCCUCUGGUUCUACGUACAGCGUCCGCGUCCUGACCAGAAAUGCGUCCUCGAAAGAAGCGACAGAGCUAGCCGCAAUCCCCAGGGUGACGGUUGUUGAGGGAGAGACAUACCACGAGCCCACCCUUCGGGAGGCGCUGAAGGGGGUCUCUUAUGUCUUUGCCAAUACGAAUGGUUUUGCCCUCGGCGAGAAGGGUGAAAUAUACUGGGGCAUCCGCCUCUACGAACUGGCUUGCGAAGCACGCGUGAAGCAUUUCCUGUAUGCUGGUCUUGAAUACGCCUCGAAACUGGGGAACUUUGACCCUAAGUAUCGGACGGGGCACUUGGACGGAAAAGGGAAAGUGGUCGACUAUAUCUCUCACCAGCCAACUUCACGGAUGGCUUGGUCCAUCUUGACAUCGUGCAUGUACAUGGAAGGCCUCUCGGAGACCCUUCGGCCUUUCCCGGAUCCGGACGAUCCUGACACGAUGGUCUUUCCAGCGCCGCUGGGUGAUGCAAAAUUACCCCUGAUCUAUCUUGAAGACUACGGAGCCUACGCCCGAUGGAUGCUUGACAAUCCUGCUCGCAGUAAUGGCCUCGAGUUACAUGUUGGUACAGAGGAUAUUGCGUGGAAAGAUCUCGCCGCGGUCUUCACGGCAGUGACAGGCAUCAAGGCGGUUUACAAGGAUGUCUCCUUGGAUGAAUACUUUCAACUAGGGCUCUGGCCCGAUCCAGAUGCCAAAUUGGGGCAUUCCACCAGUCGUGACGAUCCCACUCUCUUCACGGUGCGGGAGAAUUUCUCCGGAUUUUGGAAUACCUGGAAGGAUAGUCUGACCAAGAGAGAUUAUCAACUCUUGGACGAUAUCCUGCCAACCAGGGUGAAGAGCGUCAGGGAAUGGAUGGAGAAAACCGGAUACAAAGGGCAGCGUGCAUCAGUCUUGAAAGACCGGCGUGAUGCGACUGGCAAGAAGUAA